CGCGCCGGUUCAGUUGAGUGCGAGAGUGCCAGAGGUUGUACGGAAAAGCCGAAGAGAAGAGAGUGUGUGUUUUAUUAUUAUAUAUAUCUUACGUUGGGUUUUUAUCGUGGUUUAUUGACGUGCAUGUUUUAUGUGCAAGUGAAGGUGAUAAUUGGAUUUUCGGUGUAUUAAUUUAACCCGUUGGUUUAUUUUUUGUCAUCGCUUCCGGAGUAAGAAGGAGGCCCUUUGGAGAAGGGUUAAAUAAAAGUGAGCUGUUGGUCCAAUUGGCAAAAUGACGACCGACAUCUCAGUGGUGCGUUCAGGGUGGGACCCAACGCUUCAGCAAGAGAUUGUCGACGAGUACGAAUACGACGGAGGAAACUCAAGCUCGAGAUUAUUCGAACGAUCACGAAUCAAGGCCUUAGCUGGUGAACGUGAGUCAGUACAAAAGAAAACGUUUCAAAAAUGGGUGAAUUCACAUUUAGUACGCUGCUCGAGUCGAAUCGGCGAUCUUUAUGGAGAUCUCCGAGAUGGAAAAAUGUUGAUAAAGCUAUUAGAAAUAUUGUCAGGAGAACGAUUACCUCGGCCAACAAAAGGUAAAAUGCGAAUCCAUUGUUUGGAAAAUGUUGAUAAAGCGUUACAAUUUUUACGUGAACAACGUGUACAUUUGGAAAAUAUGGGAUCACAUGAUAUUGUCGACGGAAAUCCACGUCUUACUCUUGGUCUUAUAUGGACUAUUAUAUUACGAUUUCAAAUUCAAGAUAUUACGAUUGAAGAAACUGAUAAUCAAGAAACAAAAUCUGCCAAGGAUGCGUUAUUAUUGUGGUGUCAGAUGAAAACCGCUGGUUAUCACAAUGUUAAUGUGAGAAAUUUCACUACAUCUUGGCGAGAUGGAUUGGCAUUCAAUGCUAUUAUUCAUAAACACCGCCCUGAUUUAAUACACUUUGACAAAUUAUCAAAAUCUAAUGCUAUCUAUAAUCUUAACAAUGCUUUCAAUGUAGCUGAAGAUAAAUUGGGACUUACAAAACUUCUUGACGCCGAAGAUAUAUUCGUAGACCAUCCUGAUGAAAAAUCAAUAAUAACUUACGUCGUUACAUAUUACCAUUACUUCUCUAAAAUGAAGCAAGAAACAGUGCACGGUAAAAGAAUUGGUAAAGUUGUCGGCAUUGCAAUGGAGAACGAUCGUAUGAUCAAUGAAUACGAAGGCAUGACAAGUGAUCUUUUACGGUGGAUUGAAAGUACUAUUGAAGCUUUGGGUGAUCGUCGUUUUGCUAAUUCACUCGUGGGUGUUCAGUCUCAACUAUCGCAAUUUUCCAACUAUCGAACCAUCGAAAAACCACCGAAAUUUGUUGAGAAAGGUAAUCUAGAAGUGCUUUUGUUUACCCUUCAGUCUAAAAUGCGGGCUAACAAUCAAAAACCGUACACGCCCAAAGAAGGUAAAAUGAUUUCGGAUAUCAAUAAGGCAUGGGAACGACUGGAGAAAGCUGAACAUGAGCGUGAGCUUGCUCUUAGAGAAGAAUUGAUACGCCAAGAAAAAUUAGAGCAACUUGCCGCGAGAUUUAAUAGAAAAGCAAGUAUGAGAGAGACUUGGUUAUCUGAGAAUCAGAGACUAGUUUCUCAGGAUAACUUUGGUUUUGAUCUUGCUGCGGUCGAAGCUGCUGCUAAAAAACACGAAGCCAUUGAGACUGAUAUCUUUGCUUAUGAAGAACGUGUACAAGCUGUUAUGGCGGUUUCGCAAGAGCUUGAAGCUGAAAAUUACCACGAUAUUCUUAAGAUAAACGAACGUAAAGUUAAUGUAUUACGUUUAUGGAAUUAUCUUUUGGAGUUAUUGCGUGCUAGGCGUAUGAGACUUGAAUUGUCUCUUCAGCUUCAGCAAAACUUCCAGGAAAUGCUCUAUAUUCUUGAUAGUAUGGAAGAACUUAAGCAGCGUCUUUUGACAGAUGACUAUGGAAAGCAUUUGAUGGGAGUGGAAGAUCUCUUGCAGAAACACUCGUUAGUUGAAGCGGACAUUAACGUUCUCGGUGAAAGAGUCAAGGCUGUCGUACAACAAAGUCAAAGAUUCUUGGAGCAAGAUGAAGGUUAUCGUCCUUGUGACCCCGCUAUUAUUGUUGAACGUGUUCAACAGCUUGAAGAUGCGUACUCAGAGCUGGUGCGUUUGGCAGUUGAACGUCGUGCUCGACUUGAAGAGUCUCGGAAACUUUGGCAGUUCUACUGGGACAUGGCUGAUGAAGAAAAUUGGAUCAAGGAGAAAGAACAAAUUGUCUCUACUGGUGACAUUGGACAUGAUCUUACGACUAUCAACCUUCUUUUGUCCAAGCAUAAGGCGUUGGAGAAUGAAAUUCAAUCUCACGAGCCUCAGCUUAUGUCUGUUGCCGCUGUAGGUGAUGAAUUGGUACGUCAACAACACUUUGGAUCCGACAGGAUUCAAGAAAGACUCCAAGAAAUUUUGGCAAUGUGGAAUCAUUUGUUAGAUCUCUCAGCAUUCAGGCGUAAGCGUCUUGAAGAAGCUGUUGAUUAUCAUCAAUUGUUUGCCGAUGCUGAUGACAUCGAUAUUUGGAUGUUGGACACUCUUCGACUUGUAUCUUCAGAAGAUGUCGGUAGAGAUGAAGCGAAUGUGCAAUCCCUGUUGAAGAAACACAAAGAUGUUACUGAUGAGUUGAAAAAUUACGCUACAACUAUUGAACAAUUACACCAACAAGCUGGUUUACUCGGGGAACAAGAUGCUAAGUCACCGGAAGUACUUGAAAGACUUGCAUCGAUUGACUCUCGGUACAAGGAGCUUUUGGAGCUUGCUAAAUUGAGGAAACAGAGACUUCUUGAUGCUUUGUCACUCUACAAACUCUUCAGUGAAUCCGAUGGUGUAGAACAAUGGAUUGGAGAAAAGAACCGUAUGUUGGAUACAAUGGUACCAGCUAAAGACAUUGAAGAUGUAGAGAUAAUGAAACAUCGUUAUGAUGGUUUUGAGAAAGAAAUGAAUUCAAACGCAUCACGAGUAGCUGUUGUUAACCAAUUGGCGCGCCAGCUUCUUCAUGUUGAGCACCCCAACUCCGAGGAGAUUGUUGUAAGACAGAAUGAACUUAACCAGAAGUGGGCAGAACUUCGUGACAAAGCAGAAAACAAACGUGAAGCAUUGAACUCGGCUCAUGGUGUACAAACCUUCCAUAUUGAAUGUCGUGAGACUGUAUCUUGGAUUGAAGAUAAGAAGAGAAUUCUCCAACAGACAGACAGCUUGGAAAUGGAUCUUACAGGUGUUAUGACACUACAGCGAAGACUCAGUGGUAUGGAGCGUGAUCUUGCUGCUAUCCAGGCUAAAUUAGACGCUCUUGAGAAAGAAGCGCAGUUGAUUGAAAAAGAUCAUCCUGAAGAAGCAGAACUUAUCCGUGAAAGAGUUUCUCAAAUUCAUACUAUUUGGGAGCAAUUAACGCAUAUGUUGAAGGAACGCGAUGCUAAAUUAGAGGAAGCUGGUGAUCUUCACAGAUUCUUACGUGAUCUAGAUCACUUCCAAACUUGGUUGACUAAGACACAAACCGAUGUUGCCAGCGAGGAUACUCCAACAAGUUUAACUGAUGCAGAAAAGUUACUUACUCAGCAUCAAAACAUCAAGGAAGAAAUCGAUAACUACAUCGAUGAUUACACAAAGAUGAUGGAGUACGGUGAGAGAUUAACCAGUGAGGCAGGAGAUGGUGAUACCCAAUAUAUGUUCCUCCGAGAAAGAUUGAAUGCUCUGAAAAUGGGAUGGGAAGAGUUACAUCAAAUGUGGGCCAACCGCCAGAAUUUACUAUCAAAUUCAUUGAGUCUCCAGCUGUUCGAUCAAAAUGCCAGACAAGCCGAGGUAUUAUUAUCUCAACAGGAGCACGUUUUAGCCAAAGACGAAACUCCUUCGAAUUUCGAGCAAGCGGAAAAUAUGAUAAAACGACACGAAGCUUUUAUGACUACUAUGGAUGCAAACGACGAGAAAAUAAAUUCAGUUGUUCAAUUUGCCACUCGAUUGGUUGACGAAGGGCACUUUGCUUCAGAUAAAGUUAAAAAGAAGGCAGAUAAUAUUAGCGAUCGUCGUAGUAUUAACCGUGAUAAGGCUAAUCAACUGAUGGAGAAAUUGAAAGAUCAAUUGCAAUUGCAAAUGUUCUUACAGGAUUGCGAAGAACUCGGUGAAUGGGUACAAGAGAAACACAUUACUGCCCAAGAUGAAACUUACAGAAGCGCUAAAACCGUUCAUAGUAAAUGGAUGCGUCAUGAGGCAUUUAUGGCUGAAAUAGCGAGUAAUAAAGAUCGUUUGGAACAACUCCAACGCGCUGCUAAUGAACUUAUUCAACAGAAACCUGAACUUGAAAAUAUUAUUAAUCCAAAAGUUAAUGAACUGGCUGAUCAGUUUGAAGAACUUGAAACUACAACACAAGAUAAAGGUAAACGGUUGUUUGACGCGAAUCGUGAAGUACUUAUUCAUCAAACAUGCGAUGAUAUCGACUCGUGGAUGAAUGAAUUGGAAAAACAAAUCGAAAGUACAGAUACUGGAUCAGAUCUUGCUUCUGUCAAUAUUCUUAUGCAAAAACAACAGAUGAUUGAAACACAAAUGGCAGUGAAAGCACGACAGGUUACUGAACUUGAUAAACAGACAGAACAUCUUCAGACUACAGUUCCUGAUGAGACGAUGGAAGAGAUAAAAUGUAAAAAAGAAAAAGUUGCUCAGCGAUUCGAACAGCUUAAGGCACCGUUGAUUGAUCGUCAACGCCAGUUAGAGAAGAAAAAAGAAGCCUUCCAGUUCCGUCGCGAUGUUGAGGAUGAAAAACUUUGGAUUGCUGAAAAAAUGCCUCAGGCUACAAGCAACGAGUACGGUAAUUCACUGUUCAAUGUUCAUAUGUUGAAGAAAAAGAAUCAAUCACUUCGCACGGAAAUUGAGAACCAUGAGCCGAGAAUAAAUGCUGUCUGUGGAAACGGACAAAAAUUAAUUGACGAAGGUCAUGAAGCAACUUCUGAAUUCCAGAGACUUAUAUCAGAGCUUCAUGAAAAAUGGCGUGAACUCAAGGAAGCUGUUAAUGACAGAAACAAUCAUCUUCUUCAAAAUGAAAAAGCCCAACAGUAUUUCUUCGAUUCAACCGAAGCGGAGUCAUGGAUGAGCGAGCAAGAGCUUUAUAUGAUGGUCGAAGAUCGUGGAAAGGACGAAAUUUCAGCCCAAAAUUUGAUGAAGAAACACGAAUCAUUGGAACACGCUGUCGAAGAUUACGCUGAGACAAUUCGUCAGUUAGGAGAAACCUCCAGACAAUUAAUAAAUGAUCAACAUCCUCUUGCAGAUCAAAUUGCAGUUAAACAAUCUCAAGUUGACAAACUCUACGCGGGUCUUAAAGAUCUUGCUGGUGAAAGACGUGCCAAAUUAGACGAAGCGCUUCAAUUGUUCAUGUUGAACCGUGAAGUUGAUGAUUUGGAACAAUGGAUCGCGGAGAGAGAAUUAGUUGCCGGCAGUCAAGAACUUGGCCAGGACUACGAUCAUGUUACGCUACUGUGGGAGAGAUUCAAGGAGUUUGCUCGUGACACUGAAGCGAUCGGGUCUGAACGUGUAGCAGCUGUUAAUGAAAUAGCAGAUUCAUUAAUAGCAACUGGACACUCAGAUGCAGCGACAAUUGCUGAAUGGAAAGACGGAUUGAAUGAAGUGUGGCAAGAUCUUCUGGAGUUGAUUGAAACGCGUACACAAAUGUUGGCAGCAAGUCGUGAACUACAUAAGUUCUUCCACGACUGCAAGGAUGUUCUUGGAAGGAUUCUUGAAAAACAGAAUGCCAUGUCGGAUGAGCUUGGACGUGAUGCUGGCUCAGUAUCAGCACUUCAACGCAAGCACGGCAACUUUAUUCAAGAUUUAUCGACACUCCAGAAUCAAGUUACGCAGAUACAAGAGGAGUCAGCAAAAUUACAAGCCAGCUAUGCUGGUGACAAAGCUAGCGAGAUAACAAAUCGCGAAGCUGAAGUUGUUGCAGCUUGGAAUAAUCUUCAAUCUCUUUGUGAAGGCAGAAAGGCUAAACUAGAAGACACUGGUGAUCUAUUUAGAUUCUUUAAUAUGGUCAGGACUCUAAUGAUUUGGAUGGAUGACGUUGUAAGGCAGAUGAAUACUUCAGAGAAACCGCGAGAUGUAUCAGGAGUUGAAUUACUGAUGAACAACCACCAGAGUUUGAAAGCUGAAAUUGAUACUAGAGAAGACAACUUGUUGGCUUGCAUAAAUCUUGGCAAAGAUUUACUUGCCAGAAACCACUACGCCAGUGUACAAAUAAAAGAAAAAUUAUCGGCUUUAACAGCUCACAGAAAUGCUUUAUUACAUCGGUGGGAAGAACGCUGGGAGAAUUUGCAACUUAUUUUAGAAGUUUAUCAAUUCGCGAGGGACGCGGCAGUUGCUGAAGCUUGGCUAAUUGCCCAGGAACCUUACCUUAUGAGUCAAGAGCUUGGACACACGAUCGACGAAGUUGAGAAUUUAAUAAAGAAACACGAAGCAUUUGAAAAAUCAGCAGCUGCACAGGAAGAAAGGUUUAGUGCCUUGGAACGUUUAACUACGUUUGAGUUAAAAGAAUUGAAGAGACGAGAACAAGAGCGAGAAGAGGAGGAGAGACGUAAAAAAGAAGAAGCUGCAGCAGCCGAGGCAGCGCGAUUAGCUAAAACAACACCUGUUACUAGUCCUGAUGAACCAACGAGUGAACGGGUCGAAGCCGAUGGUGUAACUAGCGGUGACCGUGGCGAUGAUGAUGUGGCACCGCGCAAGGCUUCUUCUACACGAACACCGCAAUCCCAAGAAAAACCCAAGGAAGUGCAUGUUCAAAGGCCCCAGCGAUUCUCUUCUGGAGAUGUGACACGAUCUAUUACUCCAACAACUUCCAAAUCUCGUGCUUCUGUCCCAUCAACACCAACAACUCCUAAAGGUGGAACUGGUUCAGAACCUGGUACAUUGCGACGAAAGGAACGUAGUCGCAGCAAGUCACCAUUCAGAAGCUUCCGUUGGAAAAAAACUCCCAAGUCACCGAGUUUAGAUCGUAGCGGUGUGAGUGAUGAUGAGCACAGCUUCCACGAGCAGAGAAGCCCAAGUGAUGAUGAAUUCGAAGGCACACUUGUGCGUAAGCAUGAAUGGGAAAGUACAACGAAAAAAGCAACCAACCGAUCAUGGGAUAAGAUUUAUUUGGUUGUCCGUGGACAAAAUCUUGUGGCGUACAAAGAUCAAAAAUCUUGCAAGGCAGCUCCAGAUCAACUUUACAAAGGUGAAGCACCCUUCGAUCUUCGUGGUGCUACGAUCGCCGUCGCCAGUGAUUAUACCAAGAAAAAACACGUCUUCCGAGUCAAGUCGCAAGGAGGUGCUGACUUUUUGUUCCAAGCUAAAGAUGAUAGUGAAAUGAACGAAUGGGUUACGGUAUUAAAUCAAGCUGCCCAGGGAACUGCAGGAGCGAGUACAUCAAGAGCACACACUCUCCCAGCACCAACUCAAGCUGAAACAAAACGACGUAGCUUUUUCACUCUUAAAAAGAACUAAACUGGAGCGGUAACAUAUUGACAAGAAAGAGUAUGGGCUAUUAUACAGAAAAAAAGUAAUUAAGGAGAAAAGUUAAUAAUAGAAUGAUAUUUAAUGAAAAUGAUGCUGCUAUUUCGUCGCUCUACUACGUUAAAGCAACGCUAAUAACAAAUUAGAAGAUAAAAAUCAUUAGACUAUGUAGAUAGUCAUAAGUGAUUUAAUUGUCAGAUUUUUAAUAAACAGAGACUUUUUUUUAAUUAUAUUGGCAAGCGGCAAAUUUAUAUUUAAUAAUUUGUCGUGUUUGACGUUUUGAAAUAUAAUAUAUUUUAAAACGGCUUGCUAUUGCCAUAAUCAAGAGAGUAAUCUAACAUUAAACUUUCCCAGGUCAGCGUGCUUUCAAUUAAAGUAUUGUUUUUAUUUAUUUAAUUUGUUUUUUAUAAAAGAAAGUAUUUUUCAAUUCAUUAAAAGAUAUUAAUUUUUUAAUGAUAUAUAUUUGGCUCUAUCGUGUUUGAUAAAUUUUAUUAUUGACAAUUUGUAUUAUUAAUUAUUAACAUCUAAAAAUUUUUUGUAAAUUUAUUAUCGAUGUUGUUGAUUUAAAAUGUUUUCAUAAAGAUUUUAUUUCGAAGAAUGCUUUAAAAGUCUCAUGUAUUAGUAAAGCGCACAAUUUUUCAAUGAAUUCCAAGCAAGCUAUGAAAAAUAGUGACGUAAGACUAUAAUAGUCGGUUUACUCGUUUAUUUUUACAAACAGAAAAAAAAACAAUAUUUUUAAAAAUUAUAUAUGUACAAUUGACGAGUGAUAUUUAUGAAACUUUUAGUAAUUUUAAUUGUAUGUUUCUUUCUUUAUCAAUGUAUGAACUACGAAAUGACUGCCAUUUAUUUUUUAAGAUCCGCGCUUUCCUGGGAUUGUUUUAUUAUAUUGAUGAAAUAAAAAAUGAUAAUUAAUUAAUAAUAAUAAUAAUAAUCAUAAAACUUUUAAAGAAUGUUAUAUUACGUGAAAAAAUAAAAUAUUGAAAGAAAAAAAAGAUUAUUGUAUUAACAAAGAAGAGUUUUUCCUCCUAUACGAAAUUACGAGGUAUAAAAUACAAAUUAUAUAAAAAUAAAAUUCAUAAACUCUAGAUGAUUCUCUCGAACUUUACGACUGUUUCGUAUUAUUCUCUUCGAACAAAUCCGAUUUUAAAUAUAUAAAUUAAAUGAUGAAAAUUAUUUGUAAUAAUGAGAUAAUAAUAAAAAGAAAAAAAAACUUUAAGUGACUCACGCGAGCUUUGAUGCAUGCGUAUCGGACACUGCAAUUUCUUACGUCAAAUAGCUUGAGAAUUAUAUUAUACAGUUUUGAAAAUUUUAUUUUUCAUUUUAUAAAGUAUUUAUCGAAUGAUGGAUAGUGUUUUAAUUUUUUGAAAAUGUAAAUCAUACUAUAUAUAAAAACAAUUAUAAGAUUUUUCAAUACAAUAUAUAUUUUAUUUCUGUUGCUUAUUUUGUUAUUUUUCACAUAUAUUGCGUCUUGAAAUCACAUUUCAUUGUGCGAAUGAGACUUAAUCAUAUAUACCUAUUGCUGUAUAGAAACAUAAUGUCAUUUUUUUCUUCUUAAUUUUUAUUGAAAAAAAAAAAAAACAUCACGACGUGUUUUAAUUAAAACUAAAUUCUAAAUAAAAUUUUAAAAAAUAAUAAAAGAAAAAAAUUAAUAAUGACUCGUUAAAGAGAGCAAUACGUCCGUUUCUACAUUGUAAGAAACAAAAAGCUUUUAUUGCACGUAAAAUAUAUAUUAAAAUAUAUGCACAUGAUGUGUAAAGACAAUUGGCUUUAAUGUCGAAAUUUUAUUUUAAUCUUUUUGCAAUUAAUGCGACAUACUAAUCGCUCUAUGUUUUUUACAUAAAUAUAAAUAAUAAAACUUUAUUAAAGUAGGAUAAAUAUUAUUAAUUGAUAAAUAUAAAUAAUAUAUAAUUGUAAAACAAAUAAAUAGUUUGCUCUUUUCGUUUUAGAAUGGCCUUCCUUAAAAAAAAAAAAAAAAAAAAAUAAAAAAAAUAGAAAAAGAAAAAAAAAUAUCUAAAAAUAAAAUGAAUUUUUUAUUAUUAAGUGAGAAUGAUUGUGUGAAUGAUUAAAAUAACUGAAAUGAUAUUAUAUUAUUUAAAAUUAGUUUAUCUUUAUAAAAUUUUAUUUCUACAACUGUGCAAAUAUGUUAUAUCAAGCUUUUAAUGUAUUAUCUUCAUAGCCUUAUGAAGUGGCAAUUACCGAUGUGCAUAAAAGUUUCGCAAGUACGAAAGAAAUAGUG